UCCCGAGCUCGAGCUCUCUCAGCCGGGACGAUGGAACCGACAGUGGCUCCCGGCGAGGUGCUCAUGAGCCAGGCCAUCCAGCCUGCGCACGCCGACUCGCGCGGCGAGCUGAGCGCGGGGCAACUGCUUAAGUGGAUGGACACCACUGCCUGCCUGGCCGCUGAAAAGCAUGCUGGGAUUUCCUGUGUCACAGCCUCAAUGGAUGACAUUCUGUUUGAGGACACGGCCAGAAUUGGACAGAUUGUUACCAUCAGAGCAAAAGUGACUAGGGCGUUCAGCACAAGCAUGGAGAUCAGUAUCAAGGUCAGAGUCCAGGACAAGUUCACUGGCAUCCAGAAGCUCCUCUGUGUGGCUUUCUCGACGUUUGUAGUUAAACCCCUCGGCAAAGAAAAGGUUCACUUGAAACCUGUUCUGCUUCAAACGGAGCAAGAGCAAGUGGAGCACCGUCUGGCCUCCGAGAGGAGGAAAGUCCGGUUACAGCAUGAGAACACCUUCAGCAACAUUAUGAAGGAAAGCAACUGGCUCAGGGAUCCCGUUUGUAAUGAAGAGGAAGGAACGGCCACCACCAUGGCCACCUCUGUCCAGAGCAUUGAGCUUGUCCUCCCACCCCACGCAAACCACCACGGAAACACAUUUGGCGGGCAGAUCAUGGCGUGGAUGGAGACGGUCGCAACCAUUUCCGCAAGCCGCCUGUGUCAUGGGCAUCCCUUUCUGAAGUCCGUGGAUAUGUUUAAAUUCCGGGGACCGUCCACAGUUGGGGACCGCCUUGUCUUCAAUGCCAUCGUCAACAACACCUUUCAGAACAGUGUGGAAGUUGGCGUGCGUGUUGAGGCCUUUGACUGUCGGGAGUGGGCCGAGGGCCAAGGCCGCCACAUCAACAGCGCUUUUCUCAUUUACAAUGCUGUUGAUGACCAGGAGGAACUCAUCACCUUUCCCAGAAUCCAGCCCAUUUCAAAGGAUGAUUUUCGACGGUACCAGGGAGCUAUUGCACGGAGGAGAAUUCGCCUGGGCAGGAAAUAUGUUAUUUCCCAGAAGAAAGAAGUCCCACUUGGCACACAAUGGGAUAUAAGCAAAAAGGGAUCCAUAAGUAACACCAAUGUGGAAGCUCUCAAAAAUCUGGCAUCCAAGAGCGGUUGGGAGAUCACCACCACCUUGGAGAAGAUAAAAAUAUAUACUCUGGAAGAGCAAGAUGCCAUAUCUGUAAAGGUGGAAAAACAGGUUGGAAGUCCAGCCCGCGUGGCUUAUCAUCUCUUGUCCGACUUCACGAAGCGCCCUUUAUGGGACCCCCAUUACAUAUCUUGUGAAGUCAUAGACCAAGUGAGUGAGGACGAUCAGAUAUAUUACAUCACCUGCUCGGUGGUAAAUGGAGACAAACCCAAGGACUUCGUAGUACUUGUGUCACGAAGAAAGCCCCUCAAGGACGACAACACCUACAUUGUGGCACUAACGUCAGUGGUACUGCCGUCUGUCCCUCCAUCUCCACAGUACAUCAGAAGCGAGGUCAUUUGUGCUGGGUUCCUCAUCCAGCCUGUCGACAGCAGUUCGUGCACUGUAGCCUACCUGAACCAGAUGUCAGACAGCAUCCUCCCUUACUUUGCUGGCAAUAUUGGUGGCUGGUCAAAAUCCAUUGAGGAAGCUGCAGCCUCUUGUAUAAAAUUCAUAGAGAACGCCACUCACGAUGGACUUAAAAGUGUGUUAUAAAUGGUCAACUCUCAGUUACCUGUAACUUAAUUUACUGUGUUUAACUCCAAGUGUGUCCUUAGCCCUUUUACUUGGCAAGCUUUGGGGGCCAUACAAUGAUUUAAUAUCAGCCUAAGCAAAAUGUAGUUAUGAAGAGAUGAAAAACCAAAGUGUGUUCUGGUGACUUGGAGCCAAACUCCAAGAUCUCUAAACUCCGCUGUACAGACACUUGGAAAUUGCCUGGACACAGCAUCACAUGAUCUAUAGAAUGGCACAAAAUUAGUUAACACUACCACAGAUGGCUCUGGAUUACAGAAGCACAAUGUGUAUUCUACAAUGGUGAGUUUAUAGCACGUGAAAUGAUGGGUUAAAAGCUGAUGAGUGUUUAAUAUUAUUCCACGGACAGCAGGUGCCUUUGUCAGGGGUCUCUGAGAAGAUGUAUUCUGUGUUUUAGAACUUUAAAUUAGGAAGCAUUAAAGCAUAAUGGAAUCCAAUCAGUUUUAGUAAUAGGAACUACUUUACUCUUGUCAUUUUACAUAUAUUCCAGGUAAAUGGCCAGUUCAUUCCUAUACAUGCACACGCCGAGCACCUGUAAAGUGUGAUAUUACAGGAAGAAUAUUAGCUGAGCUCUGUUAUCUGUUAUCUGUUCCAUUAGUACUUUAUCUCCUAGACGUCAACAUUUAUCACUCUACACCAUGAUGUGUCUUAACUCCUAAGACCAAACAGAAUGUGUCAAGUUAGCCUCCUGCAAAGGAUGACUUUUACAAAUGGAAGGAGAUCUUCAUCAGAGCUGUGAGCAGGAGACAGCUUAGGGCUACCCUGCUGUGCGCUCACCAGACCUCUACCUCUGCCCCUCUGCCUGAUCCCACACGUCCAUUCGAAUA